AUGGAUGAGAAAGAGCUGCAGAUAACUGCUUCAAAGGGUCAUGUCGGAAAAAUGUUGCAAAAACCGGUAUUUCGGCCAGCAGCCAACAAUCAGCUUGCGUUCCGUGUUGUGACUCAGCUGGUAGAUACAUUACCAGAAGGAGCGGAAAGGAGUUUAUGGAGGAGGAACAGCAAGCACGCCAGGUUCCUGGCAUUGGCUUCGCCUUCAUCGAAGGCAUAUUCUGUUGCGGCAAGACUCUGGUGCAAGCUGUUUAGCCAAACUCCUCGCUGGACUGGGAAUUCAUGUUCUUAUUAUGGCCUCGAAAAUGCAACCUUUCAAGCAAUCUCCAAAACAUUGAAUGAUCUUGUUCCUGACCUCAAGGCUGUCAGACUUUUUUCAGCGGUGCUGAGGAAUCGAAGGAACUCGGUUCUCAAGGAGAAGCCUCAAUCGAUUCCGAAUAUGCAAUGCCCAGUCUUCUCCACAGCGAGGUUUUUAGACGCGGUGACCGCCCCGAUGUCGGCCGACUUAUAUUGGGUUCUGAAAAGGCCAAAAGGAUAUAUAGAUGAUCCUAACUGGCGACCCCGAAACAGAUACAGCUCACAUCUAUCCAUCUAUCCAUUUGCAUUGAGACAAUAUCCUCUAGACAUCAGAAAGCAUACCUUGUGGCCGGUAUUACGUAUGUUCUGGACUGACAACCACGUCACAUCACGACAAAACACCGCUUUUCCGAACGGGGUGUACACGGACGAAUGUUGGAAUAUAGUCAUCUUGUGUCUUAUGGUACAUAGUCAUGCGGGACAGAUGCGUGGCUCGCUGCUGGUGCCACACGAAUUUAUUACAACGACUCAUACUCAUAACGACAUUUUGAUCGUUAUGAGAGAUGAGCCAAAGUCUAGAACCAAAGGUGCUUUUCACGUCCAGAGUGCUCACCAAUCUGAGGUUUAUUUGGAUGAUAUGAAGUAUGCCACGAACGAUGCUUGGGCACAAUUCGAAAGGGGGAGGGGUAACAAGUCUCUAGAUAUAUUUGCCGAGCUUAAUGAUUCCGGCUCAUUUGUCAUGCUGCUGCAGGCUGGAAAUAUGAGCCUGGAAUCAGCAUCGAUUCCGCAAGCGUUCCGCUCUCCUUGUCAUCAACGUCUCCGAUGGGAUGGAUAUGACCGAUGGAGUAUCUCGCUCGGUCUCCAAUAUCGUACAGGUCGAAGCCAUCCGACAGUGGGUGUUGGAGUUGAUCACCAGCCACACGAUCACGCCUGCGCAGUUGGUGAUCCUUACCCCUAUGACGCCCAGUAUCGUCGGCUCCAGGUCGUUGUCAGGGCACUCGAACAGGACAAUCCGACCUUGAAUCUGUCGCAGAUCCGGGUGCGCAAGGUCGAUGGUUUCCAGGGACGCGAAGGAGACGUGGUUAUCCUCAGCAUCCCGAACACCACCUCUCCCGGAUUCGUUCGCAAGGCCACCCGGCUGAAUGUGGUGUUGACACGGGCAAAGCGCGCGAUGUACAUCUUCCUCAACGCCCAACAGAUCCGUGAUUGGAACAAGAAAAAAUCAGCGCCGACACCCCAGACUGCAAUCCCUGCCCCGGCUGCGCCGCCGACGGUCGUGGCAGAACCCGGCACCAACAUCCCAUCCGCUGGAAGUGCAUCGUCGCAGCCUUCGGGUGAUCCGACUACCAGUGCUGAGCCUGCACCAGUCUGGAAAUAUGAGGUCUAUCAUAUUCCAAAUACGAUGUCAUCCCGAGAGGCUCUAUCACAUACAAGAUCGUUCAAUUAA